AUGUUUAGGGAUAUAUUUCGAUUAGCAAAGAUUGCUCAUUAUAGUUGUAAUCAACAAAAACGUUCAUUCUUAAAAAUUGUUAACCAAGUUCAUCUAAAACCAGGUCUAUGCUCAUCAAUACCCAUAAUACAUGAUGUUCAAAAAGUUGACAUGCGUGAAGCUGUUAAAAGUGCCUAUAAAACUUGUUGUGAUGGUAGUAAUUAUCGUUCAGCCAUACAUUCUAUUGGAACAUCAUCACUUCGUUCUAUUGUCAGACAAUUUGAGUAUGAUCAGAUUAUUGAUGAUCGAAAUCGACUAAAUAAAGAAUGGUUAUUAGUCAUUGGUGAUUCUAUUGAACAUUGUGGCAUACAAACCACAAAAACUGAAAUACAAUCAUUUGGACUGUUAGAUGCAUCUGUGACGAGAACAUUAGAAAAACAAAUAGAUGCUGAACCUGAUGCUGAUCUAGUCACAGCACAAAAACAAACUGAAGGACAAAAAUAUAUGAUUGAACAAGAAACAUUAGCUCUUACACAACAAUUAGAAUCAAUUACUAAACAAUUAAAUAAUGAUCAUUAUUUAGCUGUUCAGUAUUUACUAGCCAGACGAAGAUUCGAUGAAUUACAAGCUACAGCUAAUGGAAGAAAUAAUUCAACAUAUUUUAUUAAUAAUCAAACUAAACGUGUGCAUAGCCUGAAAAUCUUUUCAGAUCUAGAGAAACGAGAUCAAUGA